AUGUAUCGGAAGUUGUCUAAGUUAGAACACUCGGAAAUAAAACAACUUCUUACAGAAGCUAAUAUAGAUGUUGCAAAGCAUUACGCAACAAACAAAAAAGCACUCGCUGACAUCCUCAAUGACUAUAAUGGUGCAAUAAGUUAUGAUAGAAUUCAUGAGUUCAUAAAGCCGCAACGCGGCGAGGACGAAGUCCAUGCAAGAGCAUUUCCUUUAAAUGACGUUGCUAUUGACUUAUAUCAUAGACGUUCAGUACCUCAUGAAGUAAGAAGAGAAAUGUUUGACAUAACAAAUGCGAACGU